AUGCCAUUUUUGACAUACCCCGCUGCGUUGGAACUGCAGAAGGAACUCAGAGGAACAAAUGCAGAGGUUGUGACUCUUGCCGACGAUGAGUAUGUGGAAAGCCUUGACCGAUGGAGCGCAACCAGCGAAAAGGAGGCCGGCGCCAUAGUGAAGGUUACUACUGCGGAGGAAGUAUCCACUGUUGUGGAAUUUGCUGCGAAACGCUAUAUUCCCUUUGCGGUUCUUUCAGGUGGCUAUAGCACAAAUGGUGCAUCAUCGACUUAUGGAGGGAUUGUGAUCGACUUGGGAAGAAUGAAUCGUGUAGACGUUCAAUCUUCUUCCUCCAUAGUAUCGGUCGAAGGUGGCGCCAAAUGGGCAGAUGUUGACACAGCUGCCGCCCAGCAUGGUCUUGCUGUCGUUGGACCAACGGCUAGCCAGCUUGGUGUAGGUGGUACGACACUCGGUGGCGGGAUUGGCUGGCUCACUGGGAAGUACGGUCUUAUUAUCGAUAAUCUAGUAGAAGCUCAAGUGGUGCUGGCGGAUGGCAGUAUAACCACCGCAUCCGAGUCGGAAAACCCGGACCUGUUUUGGGCCAUUCGCGGAGCUGGUCAAGACUUUGGUGUUACCACGAGAUUCACCUUCAGAGCUCAUCCACAGCAGAAUGAUGUCUUUGCCGGAAUAAUAUACCUCGAUCCAGAUAAGCUAUCGCAAUUGGUAGAUUAUGUGAACGACCUCGACUCCAAACUUGAGGAAGACCAAGGGUUAUUCUUUGGGUUUACAAACACGCACGAUCAAACCACGAUAGUGGUAAUUUUAUUUUACAACGGUCCACAGGACAAAGCAGAAAAGAUGUUUGAACCCGUAUUAUCGCUGAGCACAGGUCGUGGGGAGACGGGAAUGAUGCCUUAUUACAAGACAAAUCGCCUGUUCAAUAGGACAACCGCCAGCGAGGGGAGAAAACGACUGAGUGGCACGAGUGUCACAUUACCACUUGACAUGGACUUUUUCCAAACGGUGUACCAAAACUUCUCUCAUAUUCUGGAUGACCAUUCUGAUGAUGCUGAAGCCUUUUUGCUUUUUGAAAUGUUGCCCUAUACCAAAGUGGUUGAGGUCCCAAAUGAUGCUACAGCCUAUGCUAAUAGGGGGCCAUACUAUAACGUCUGCUCCAUAUUCAACUGGCAGGACGUAAAUGCGGACUCAAAGAUUCGUAAUUUACAGCAGGGCCUUAUGAGUCAGAUACGUGAUGAGCACGUCAAAAAGAGAGGCCCUGGGGUAGGUACCUAUCCUAAUUUUACUGGUUUUGAUGCCAACGCAAGAGAUCUGUUUGGCGACAAUUUGCCUCGUCUCAAAGAACUCAAGAAGUAUUACGAUCCUAGGAACGUGUUCCGGAAAUGGCAUGACUUGCUGCUACAGACCGGGUCCUCUGUCUGA